GCAGGGGGCUGCCGAGCAGCCCCGGGGCAAGCGCCGCUCCGGGGCGCCCGUUCCCUCCCUCCGGGCCGGGCUGGGGGAGCGGGUCUGGCCCCCGCGUGUCCCGGCCCCCGCCGCGCCGUCCGCCGGCCCCCGAGGGGGAGCGGGGCGGGCUGAGCCGCUUGGGCCCGGGGGUGCUGGGAUCGUGGUUUUCCCCAAAGGUUAGCCCCUUGGUUAGCGAGGAGGGUCUUGCAGGGAAGGGGUGCCAAAGAGGGCUUCAGGAGAGCACCGUGCUCACGGGAAGGGUACAAGGCAUGUUCUGGUGGGGCGGUUUUGGUUGGUUGGUUUGGUUUGUUUGUGCUGGUGUUUUGGGUUUGGCUGUUUGGGGGUUUUUGUUUGGGUUUCUUUUUUAUUUUAUUUUAUUUCUAUUUAUUUUAAUUCUUUUCAUUAUUUUUUUCCCUGCGGUUGCUGCAAAGGGGCUGGGGUGGAUGCUGAGGUGGAUGUCUGGAUGAAUGCCCCUUGCUGACAGGGCUGCUGUGUGCAUAACAUCCUCAAUCUGUGUUCACCGGGAUGGUGUCCAUCGCUCUCGAGGUGACCUGCAGCUUUGUUGCCUGGCUGUUUCUGUACGCCUGCUUCUGCUACCGGAACAAGCACCGUUCCUAUGAGUGGAGCUGUCGCUUGGUCACCUUGCUACAUGGGGUGAUUGUCACCUGCCUCUCUGGUUAUGUUGCUCUCUUGGAUGGCCCCUGGCCUCUGACCCAUGCAGGUUCACCAAACACAUCUCUUCAGAUCCAUGUGCUGUCCCUGACUUUGGGUUACUUUAUCUUUGACCUGGGCUGGUGCCUAUAUUUCCAGACAGAGGGGGACCUAAUGCUGUUCCAUCACACGCUGAGCAUCUGCGGCAUGAUCAUGGUGCUGGGGCUUGGGAAGUCUGCUACAGAAGUCAAUGCAGUAGUAUUUGUUAGCGAGAUCACCAACCCACUGCUCCAGACCCGCUGGUUUCUGCGGGAAAUGGGGUGUUACCACACUCACCUGGGAGAGGUGGUGGAUUUCUUCUUUGUGUUCCUCUUCCUGGUGCUGCGAAUAGGAGGAGGAGCUUUCAUCAUGUACGCGAUGAUGACAUCCCCUGAUUCUAGCUGGCUCCUCAAGGCUGGAGGCCUGGCCAUGUACACUGUAUCUUUGGGGUUCAUGGUUGAAAUCUGCCACUUUGUCAGGAGGAAAAUCUUGAAAAAAUAUGGUUCCUGGACAAACCUGAGGAGUAUGAAUGCUCCUGUGAAAACUAAUGGGCACUUGACAGCUCAUAAACGGGUUGUGGAUGGCAAUCCCUUGCGCUAUGGUCCUGGUUACUGAAGCCUAUUCCUCUGAGAACUCCUAGAAGUGAUGUGGAAAUUGACCUUCUGCACUGGUCCGCUAUCCCUGGAGGAGAUGAAUCAGUGCUACAAACAUAGGAAAGCUGACAGAAGAGGAGUUUCUGUGGAAAUCUGAGGAACCUGGCAUGUCUACUGGACUCUGAUUCCCUGACUUCUCCAGCAAUGGUACAGCCUUGAGGAGGGUGACAAUACCAGACCUAUUCAGUCCACAGCCAAUAGCAGCACAGUCUGUAUGUUCUGUAAUCAUUUUGGAGGUAGAAUUAUUUUACAGUGUAGAGCCAGAGAAUCAAAUCUGAAAAAUCCCAUCUUCCUGCCAGUGGGACCAGGUAGGGCGUGACCUAGCGAAGAUUUGCUGAGCCUCACUCUCCCUUAAUCCUCGAGUUGGACCACACGCUUGACUAAGUACUUGGAAGAAAGCAUCUGAACAAGAUUCAAGUGCUUGCAGGGGUAUAAUAUAGUUGUCCUUUGAGUGUGUGAAGUGAUGGUACUUGAGGUGAGGCAAAGUUUUACCUCAUUGUUUUUAACAAUACAUUUCAUUUUUUUUAAUACUUGCAUUGAAGCAGAUACUGAUUGUAGAGCAGUGUGACUUCACUGGAAUUGUGUCAGGUCCUUGCAAACUAGAGUUAAGAGUUAGACUUACACCAGUAAACUCCAUAAGCAGGUGUUCACGUAACCUUGGCUUGCUUUAAAAAACAAAGAGCAUGCAUUUUGUGGGUGAGGGAUGACUUAAAAACAGCGCUCUCUGGAUGCUCUUUCUGUUCUGGAGUUGGCUCAUGUAAAAGCCACUUUAAGCUGAAUGCAUGGCUAAUGAGUCUCAUAAGUGACUGUACUUUCAGGGUGACAGUAAUGUUUAGGCAGCUCUGUAACAUCUGCUCCGUAGCAGCAGGUCGUGGAGUAUGGACCAGUUCUCUUGCUUUCUUUACAUCUCAGAUUUGUGUUCUGACACUUCCCCUGGAGUUUUAAUGUGAAUUUCCCUCUGUUUAAGGCUGCAGUUCAGAUUUGCUCUCCCGUAAAAGCCUUACUUAGAGCUGAGGAACAAAUGGCGUUGUGUAGCCCUCAGGCUUAGCAAGGCCCAUUGCCUUUCCUGCCUGCUUUCCAAGACCUUGUUUAGUAAGAGCUGCUUCAUGGAGCUAAAAAGCCCCUGAAAAAGCCUCUGUGGCACUUGCUUAAAUGAGGUGUCACCCCUGCUGCAGAGGUGAAGGAGGGGAGCAGUGGGAAUACAGCUGCUGUGGGGAUGCAGCCGUACUAGCUCCUCCACGCCUCUUAUCUCACUAACUUUGGUACUGUUCAGUGCAGAUAUCUGCCUUGCCUAGAAUAAGGUGAUGGAGAGAUUAAAAAAUGAUAUGAAAUAGCCUACCUUUUGACAUGCCCUCUGAAUGCAUUGCAGCUGUGAACCCAGGCAAGUUAGCAGGCUAAUAUGUUUAGAAAAACAGGAGCCCUGCACUCCUGAUACUUUGCCAGCAUGGCUCUGAGGGCCUGGCCUCAUGAGGUAUGAACCCUUGCCAGAGUCACUGUGCUCUUUGGAAAACUCCUGUAAG